CGCGGCGGCCGGCCAGUCGCGCGCCGGCUGCCGACGUGCGAGGGUCGCACGAGUGAGCGACGCGCGAGCGCUGCGAUGGCGCGAUGAAGACGUGCGGGCGCGCGGCGUUUUGCUGGGCCCUGCUGUGCCUCGCUGGCAGCCUGGCGGCGCCGCGCCGCCUCUACUGCGAGCGGGCGGACGUCGCCUGGCGCGCCUACCGAGCCCCCGCCGCCUUCGAGGCGCGCGUGCAGUCGCUGGCGCGCGACGCCGCCACCGUGCAGGUGGGCCGCGUGCUGCGGCGCCAGGGCCGCUGGCCGCGCGAGGACGCCGUGCUGCGCCUCAAGCUGCCCGAGCAGCCCCGCGAGUGCGCCGGACGCUUCGAAGUGCCGCUGCAGAACCGAAAGAACUAUAUCGUGUUCGCGGAGAGGCAGGGCCACGCCGCCGUGGCGCUGGGCCCGCCGCUGCGCAGGACUGCCAAGUUGAUCCGGAGGAUCCGCGCGGUCUACCGGCCCGGCUACAGCAGCCCAGCGCGGGUGGAGCCGAUGCAGUCGGUGCGCGCGACGCGCGGCGGCAAGGUCCGGCUGGAGUGCCGCGCCAGCGCGCGCCCGCCGCCGCGGAUAGCCUGGUACAAGGACGGCCGGCCCGUCGCAGACAUUGCUUUAAGGAGGUUCCGAGUGCAGAACUAUAGGCGGCGCUCGGUAUUAGUAAUAAGACAUGCGCGUCGCGAGGACACCGCGACGUACGAAUGUAGGGCGCAGGGUGCGGUGGGGCCGCCGGCCGUCGCCGCCGCCAACGUCAGCGUCCUACCACCGGCCACGAUGGCGCCAGAUACCCCCCCCGGCGCUCCGUGUCCGAUGCCCGAUCCUGCCUCUUACUGUCUCAAUGGAGGCACUUGUUUAUUCUUCGAGCUUGUUCAGGAACAAGCUUGCAAAUGCCCGGAAGGCUUCACCGGGCAACGCUGCGAGAUCAAGGACGUUUUGAAUAGGAACAGUAUGUAUCAUUCCUACACAUGCAAACUGGGCCUCUCCACGUCCUACUACUGCUAGCCGUACAGUCGGCACAACCCACCUGUUCCAAUUUUAUCUUAGCAACACACGGACUGCGCGCGAGACAUACAACAUGGUCUGAGGUUAUUUAUUUGUUAUUACCACAGAAUAGAGAAUGAUACAGAAUGAGUCAGUGAAAACAAUGGAACCCAUAAAAAAACAAAAGUCACGCGUACGUCUCCUUGACAUACGCUUAAUGUUGCUAUUUACCAUAUACCUUUUUUCAUAAUUUGUAUUUCAAAAUUUAUUACGUAAAUUAAUAUCAUAAUAGACUAAUAGUCAAUAACCUUUAAAAAUACUUCUUUUUAUUAUUUCAGUUUUUGUGAACAGUUUUCAAAAUAUUUAAAAACAUAAGACGCCAUUUAUCUUGAAUAAUAUUGAAAAUUACUGAUGCGACGCCUUGUGUCGUACCUACUGACUCGUAGUAAUUUUUGAAUUUGUAUUUGGAAUGCCACUGCCGUGUUUAGUGCGCUCUAUCUGCCUAUUAUUCUUUAAUCUGUGGUUACUACAGACAUUUUCACGGGGACAAUGGUCUCGAUUGAGAUACACAAAUCUUGCACUAAACAUAACUGUUUUUGUAUGACUGUAGUAUCUAAUUAUUCAAACAUAUUUUUUAUGUAAUUUAAUUAAAAAAUAGUUAUUAGUUUACCUGAAACAUCUCUUUUAGGUAAACUAAUCAGUAGGUACUAUAUUGCUUUAGCGAUAACGCUACUUAUCAAUAAAAACGCCUUUCUAUUCUAUUUCUUUAAUACAAUUUUUCUGUUGUAAUACUGGUAUUUGUAUAUCAGUCAGAAAAGUCGUUUCGUAAUUUAUGAAUAAUUGGGAUUUCUAUCAUAGUAAUAAUAUGAUCAAUCUUCUUUUCGGCUCCCCAUAUAUUAAUUAUUAGGCAUAGAUUUAACAAAGUUACUAAGCAAUAGUCAAAAGCAUCAAUUCCCUUUUCUCAUUGUAUGAAAUAAUGUUAAUUUAAUUAAUUAACUUAUGACUUUACAUUAUUUAUUAUCAUGUUCUAGAUAUAAACAAUUAUUACAGCAUCGCUCAGAUCCCCAUGUUUUAUGUCUCCGCCGCAGUGUUUGUAGGAAUUUGAAAAUAUUAUAAUUAUUACACAGUUUUAUAAUUGGUUUACAUACGAUCGUGAUCCAAAAGUAAUUUAUUGUAAUGUUAAAAUAUUUUCUUAGUCCACAAACGAUUAGCGAAAUUAGACAAUGCUUGAAUAUUAUAUUUAAUUACUUAUUUGCAUAUAAGUGAAUGCGAUUGUUUUGUUAUUAGGGCCAGCUGUUUCAAUGGCCAUUAUAUGACUUUUUAUAAUGAAACUCAUGUGCUUCGUACGCGAAACGAAACACCAUGUAGAUUCUAUUUAUAAUAGAGAAUAGAUUUUUUUAUCACACACACCGCGCUUUAUUUCCUUUUACUAGUUAAUUUUCAGUAAAAGCUUUAAAUUAUUGUAGAUUAAUAUAAAAUGUAAUUUAUAAAUAGCUGGCCCAGUGAGAUUAUAAUUUUAAGUAUAGUAUGGAAUAACUAGCACUGAUGCAGUUUUUUUUUAAAUAAGCAUUCGCCGAGCGUGCAAUACCCUCGCGAGGUAUAGGUAGGUCAGAUCUUUUACAGAUUCCUAAGGUAAUUUAUUUAUUAAGUAAAUAAUUCUACAAACAUGGCAUGAGCCAAAGAGCUCAUUAUCAGCAAUUUAGUCGCGUCGCGUAUUUCAUGUUUGCUCGUGCAAAAUUAUUAAUGGGUUGAUGGAAGAUGGAGGGUGGAAAAAGAAUAUUUGAAUUUCCUCUUAAAAUACCUAACUAAAAUUUGAUUAUAAAAAUAACUUUUGCGUUUAUAAAUAAGUCAAUUAUUAUUUUUUUUAUUUAGAGUUAUUUUUUUUUAACUUGUAAGUCACUCAAAAUCACGUUAGUAGGUAUUAGAACAAUAAACAAUUAAUUUUUUUUAAUAAAAAAGUACUCCAUCUUACUUUUUUAGUUACACUCCAAAAUGUAUUCGUUUUUGAAUUUUGUAUUUGAAACCGCUACGACACCGUCGUGUUCCAUGCGCUCUAUCUGCGCAUUAUUCUUUAAUCUGUGUUUUAUAAUUACAAUACUUGGAUUUUUUUCUAUGUUCAACAGAUUCCUAUCUACUACUAGUUUCUUGUGAAACGAUUUUAUGCAUAUUUAUUUUAAAGUACCUAUAUAAUUGAUUAAAAUUUAUAAAAUAACAUUUUUUCAAGGAUAAAUUUACCUUUAAUUUUUUAGAUACUUAAUAGUUUUGCUCGGGCAAAAAUUAUGUAAAUACACGCGUAUUUUAUUUCGAUUUGUAUUCGAAGUUGUAAAUAUUUUACAAAUAUUUGUAAUUUUGCAAUUUUUUUUACUUUGUUAUUAACUAAUAUAAGGUUUGAUAACUCAUUUUAGUAGGUAAAUAAUAUUAUUCUGAUGAAGAGACUUGCAAGUUGUGUACAUAUCUACUAGGAUAGGAUUUUUUUUUAAAUAACACCCAACAUAGAUUAUACCCGCUCGCUAUAACCCUAUAUUUAUUAUAUGCGCUUGGAAUUUCCUACAUUUAAAUAAACGACGAGAACAAACCUUGAUUUUUUCUGUUGUAAAAAAAAAAAUUGUAGCCAAUUUUACUUUUUUCUGUUUCUAAAGCGGGCGCAUUCAGGUACAAACAGUAAAGUCGAUUUUUAUUAAUCUCCUAAACCAGAUGUACUCCCCCUAGUCAAACAGCAGUUUUAAUACAUAAAACCCUAGAUAGGCAUAUAUAAAUUAAUUUAUGUAUAAUUAUUAUACGAGUGUGGAUUUGGAUGGAUGCAUGUGGAUAUAGCGAAAUGUCUUGCAGCUUGGCAACUUCGUUGAUGACACUGCCAUUAUAUGCGGGCGACAGGGAAGGGAAGAGAGGCUUUUAAAGUGGGGUGCAUCAGUUGUGGGUUUAUCUGUCAUCGCUACCCGCCUCCCGGCCCCCGCGAACCAUCGGGAGUAUUACGAACGAACUUGCCAAGCUAUAACUGACAACUUUUUCUUGUAUCGAAAAUAAAUAGGUCAAUUCAUAGAAUAACUGAUGAAAAUUCAGGAUUUAGGACAACAUUUAGGAGGACAACAUUUAGCUAAAAUAUGUACAUUUUGUAUAAUUCUUCUUGAUCAAAUCUUAAUAGAAAAUUCAACUUAUUUACGAAUACGGAUCAGUAAUGUUGCCAGUUAAAAAUCUUUGCGAAACGAAAUAUAUACGGGAUUUAUAAACGACAUUAUGGUUAAAUUUCAUCACUCUUCUUUAGUUAUUCUGUGUGUUAGUACCUAUUAAUUUUCUCACUAUGUGGGACCGAAAUUAUUUAUUCAAUUUACGGUUUUGUUGUAGGUUUUCUUAAUUAUUCAUUUUGUAUAAAGUUCUUCUAUAAGUUCACUAUUUAUAUUAUAUAAUUUUAACUAGAAAAGGGACUAUUUAUUUUAAUUCUGUUUGUGGAUUAUAGGGCAUUACAAUUAUUAUCAUUUAAGUCAAAUGACGUCAUAAGUAGGUACGUUAUAAAAGUUUAAAUUUUGCCUUACAAAUUAUUGCUUUUCAUCUUUGAAAUUUCAGACUUUUCAGCUCUGGAUAUUUAUGUUGUAUGACGUCAUUUUACUUAUUUCUUUAGUCUCACAACAAAUACUAAGAAAGAUAUUGUUUUAAUGUAACGAGGAUACCAAAAUCACAAUAAAAGAAUGAGUGUUGGAAUUAACAGAAAGGCGAUAA